CCAAAACCCAGAAAAACCCUCAUUUGUAAGCCAAGCCACUGUAAUGGCUACCACUACAUAACUAUUCAUUCAAAACCACACAACAAUGGCUGCAUUCAGUAUCCAAACCAUUUGAAUUACAAGGUAAAAACCUCAUCUUUAUAACCAUUAAAUCUUUGUUUACAUAGCUAAUUAUUUCCCUUUAUGUUCUUGAAUUUUACAUUCAUCAAUAUCUAUAUAAAGUUACUACCUUUAUUUAUGUAUCAUAUCAAGAUUUUCAAAAAAUCGUAUCUUUUGAGAUGGGCAUUAGUUGAUUUAUAUAAAAAUCCAUUUUUUUCAAGUGGGUCAUAUUUUGUUUCCCAAAACCCUAGGUUUUUUAGCACGAAAUCGGCUUAUAAGCCGAAAAAUAGUCAAAAGGUCAAUGAUUUGUUUCCGGUUAAUGAUGGAAAUGAGAGUUUAUGGUCUCGUGUCGAGUUUAGAGAAGCUCAAGAUGCUUUGUUGGAUUACUUGCAUUCCACUAGAAGUUUGCAGUUUAUGGAUGCUGAAAAUAUUAGUCGAAAUUCGCCCAGGUUUCUUGAAAAGUUGUUAAAAGGGGUUGAAGGUAGUGAAAAUGUGGGGCAGUCUGUUAGACGCUUUUUAAGGUAUCAUCCAAUUAAUGAAUUUGAGCCUUUUUUUGAGAGUAUGGGUUUGGAAGCGUGUGAGUUGUCUACGCUUUUGCCUCGGAAAUUGAUGUUCUUAAGUGAUGAUAAUGUGUUGUUAGAGAAUUAUCAUGUGUUGUGUCAAUAUGGUUUUGCUCCUAAUAAGAUAGGAAAGAUUUAUAAGGACGUUAAAGAAGUUUUUAGAUAUAGAAACGGUGUUCUGCUGUCACGGCUCAAAGAACUUCAAGGUACAGUUCUUGACCAGUCUACUGUUGUCAAGCUUGUGGGUUCGUGUCCAUCUAUUUUAAUUGGUGAUAGAAUUCGUGAUGUUUUUAAGGUUGUAACGGAAUUAAAGAUUGUUGGGGUUGUGAAUAGUUGGUUUGUUGAGCAUUUAUCGGAGGAUGAAUCUUACGAUUGGAAACAUAUGCUUGAGCUUUUGUGUAUAUUUAAUAAGUUAGGCUGCGAAAAAGAGCACCUAGGAAGAAUGAUUCAUGAACAUCCCACCAUUUUGUUGCAUGAUUCAGGAAUUACAGCCACUUCGAUUAUUGGUUUCUUACUUAAGUUUGGAGCCACCAAGAAUGAUAUAGUAUCCUCUUUUCUUAAGUUACCUGAAAUUAAGAUCCAUGAGUAUGAUUCUAAUUUAAGACGUUCGUAUCAUUUUCUAUCAGAAAUUGAAAUGGAUGUUGACAAUAUCGCUAAUCUAUUUCGUGCACAUCCUCAUUUACUUGGAUCAUGCUAUUUAAAGGGUGUGAAAACUGCUUUAAAUAGCUUAAAUUGUGGGAAAAAACGACUUUGUGAAAUCAUCAAGGAUAGCCCGCAAGAAAUAAAGAGCUUAGCUCUUGGAUUGAGGGUUACACCGCUUCCAUCAUCAAAAAAUUGUACUUUAGAGAAGACUAAGUUCUUGUUGGAGUUGGGAUUCACUGAAAACUCAAGUGAAAUGAAAAGAGCCUUGAAAAGGUUUCGUGGGAGAGCAGAAGAACUUCAAGAACGGUUUGACUGUUUGGCAAAAUUUGGGUUUGACAAAAAAGAAGUGGUGGAAAUGCUCAAAUCAGCACCACAAGUUGUUAAUCAGACAAAAGAGGUUCUUGAAAUGAAAGUUGACUUUUUGGUCAACCAUUUAGGUUAUCCAUUGUCAUCUAUAUCUGGAUACCCGUCUUCAUUAUCUUAUGCUAUAGAGAAGGUUAAACUCAGGUGUACGUUUUAUAAGUGGCUAAAAGAACAAGGAGCAACUAAUGGCAUGGCUAUUAGCACCAUUCUUGCUUGCUCUGAAAAACAAUUCAUUAGAGAGAAAGUUAAGCGUCACCCUAAAGGCAUUGAGGUUUAUCAGAUGUUGAAAAAAAAAAUUUAUCUUGAAUCCUGAUUGUAUAAUGUGAGUACGGUUUUGCUAAUCCUUUUGGGGCAAUGCAUUCUUUUUUGCUUUCUUCUAUUGGAGAGAUAUCCAUGACACUAAUAUAUAUCAUAUUCACUAAUGGAAAGUAGCAUUAUGCCAGUCUGAAACAAUCUACUAGCAGGCAUUGUCAACUUGUUUGUGUUGCGGACAAAAUUAUGUUUCACAACAUGUGUGUCCCUUGAUUGUAAUGUUCGAUUAGGAACAUGGCUGUAAGGUGAGGCUUGUUUGGUGCCGAUUCGGUCAGAGGCAAUGCUAAAGAAUCUGGACCUCAAAUCACCCCGGUUAGCUGAGAUUAGACUAUUAGAGUUAAUCACCUGGUCAAAGUGCAUAACAUUGUCCUUGUUUUCCUUUUAUGCACAAAAUUACUGUUUUUUUUUUCUUUCUGAAAGACAUACGAAAAUUGCUGUUUAAUCUCUUCUUCAAAUUGUUGGCGCUGAUAGUUUCUCUUAUCUUAUAUCUAAUAAUGGCGAUUCCUUCC